AGCCGCCCCUUGACGCCAUCUCUCCGCGCCGGCUGUCCCAGGACUGGGGGGCAGGGGGCUGGUUCGCAAGGAGGCGGCUGCGUGAGGACCCAGGAAGCUGGCUAGACAUCUCCCUCUUCCAGACCAUUCUUUCUUCUGGUAGCGGAAAAAUGGUACCCUCUUUCGGCUUGUGGCUCUCCUGACUUCCUGCACAUGUCAGUCAUGGGUCUGAAAGCCAAGGCCCGGCCGUUGAUGGAAGAGACGGCGGUCAGGGUGGUGGUGCGCAUUCGGCCCUUGCUGCCCAAGGAACAGUUACAUGGGCACCAGAUCUGCCUCCAGGGUGACCCAGAGAAGAGGGAGGUGACUUUGGGCCACACCCGACAUUUCCAGUUUGACACAAUCUUCACCGAAACAUCAAACCAGGACUCCGUAUAUACUACCUGCGUCCAGCCGCUGGUGGAAGCAUUUUUUGAAGGGUUUAAUGUCACCGUCUUUGCUUACGGCCAGACGGGCUCAGGGAAGACCUACACCAUUGGAGAAGCAAGUGUCUCUUCCAUCAGAGAGGAUGAACAGGGCAUAAUCCCUCGUGCCAUGGCCGAAGCCUUCAAGCUGAUGGACGAGAACGAUCUGCUAAACUACACUGUCCGUGUCUCUUAUUUGGAAGUGUACAAGGAGGAGUUCCGGGACUUGUUGCAGGUGGACACGGCUAGCAAGGACAUACAGAUAUGGGAAGAUGACAGGGGCAAUAUUGUGCUCCAUGGGGUGAAGGAAAGCGAAGUGGAAGGCCUAGACGAAGUUCUGAGCCUGCUGGAGAUGGGCAAUGCAGCCAAACACACGGGAAGCACCCACCUCAACAGGAAGUCGAGUCGUUCUCACACCAUCUUCAGUGUGAGCAUGGAGCAGCGGCAGAGCACUGGGUGCCUCACGCGCCUUGCCUGCCCAGGAAAGACUUUGGUUCCAGCCUCUGGGCAGGUUCUGUCCUCCAAGUUUCACUUUGUGGAUCUGGCUGGUUCUGAGCGGGUGGUGAAGUCGGGGAGUACUGGGGAGAGACUGAAGGAGAGCAUCCAGAUCAACGCCAGCCUCUUGGCCCUGGGCAACGUCAUCAGUGCCCUGGGAGACCCCCGCCGGAAAAGCAGCCACAUUCCAUAUCGGGAUUCCAAAAUCACCAGGAUCUUGAAAGGCUCUUUGGGUGGGAACGCCAAGACUGUGAUGAUUGCCUGCGUCAGCCCUUCCUCCUCGGACUUUGAUGAGAGUCUGACUACUCUAAAUUAUGCCAGCUGGGCUCAGAAUAUCAAAAAUUGGGCCAUGGUGAAUUGCUGCAAGGAGGCGGAGCCUGUGGAAGCCCUGCAGUUGCGCAUCAAGAGGUUGCAGAGGGCCCUGGAGCAGCGGCACCGUUCAGAGACGCGCAUCAUCCGCCGAUCGGAGGUGCCUGUCAAGUGCCACUUGGAGGAGAACGUGGCCCGCUUGCAAGCCGAGUGCAGCCGCUACCGGACUUGCACGGAUGCUGCCUAUCAGCUCUUGAUGGAACUGCAGGGGGAGGGCAAUUUGACGGAGGAACAGGGGCUCCAGGUGAAGGACUGGCUGUGUGCCGUGGAAAAUGGGGCAGGUGAGCUGAGCUUGACCUCGGGUGUAGACAGCGGCAUUGAAAGCACUUCGGCUGAAGAGACACACAUCAAAAGCUCAAGUUCCAAGCUGGCCAAGACUCAGGAGGAGCACCAGCGAGGACCUGAGGCUGUGAGAAAGGAGGAGGUGAUGAGGCUGGAGGAGCAAGUGGAGCGUUUAGAGAAGGAGAACCAGGAUUUCUUGGCUGCCCUUGAGGAUGCAAUGGAGCAAUACAAAGCACAGAGUGCCAAAUUGCGAGAACAGGAAGACAUCAUCUCUGAACUCCAGAAGUACCUAAAAAUGGAGAUGCCCCAUUUGGGCAUGCCUGAACUGUUAGGGAAUGUCUUUCUGGUACAGGUUGGCCAGAGGCCACACACGGCUCCUGUGGAUGCAAACCAGUCCCAACACUGGCUCAAGCUUGCUUGUAAUAACCACAGUAAGCUCCAUAGUGUCACAGCUCACAAUGGAGAAGACUCAUUGGGACACAGCCACAGUCACACUGGAGACAGUGCCUAUAGCUUGGGGACUAGGGAUAAGCUACAAAUGAAAGCAGUGGGCAAAGUUUUUGACUCAUCUCUGGAGGAGAAGAAUAGAUACUGGCCAAUCUGGCCCCUUCAGCAAUACAGGAAUAGAAUCCACAGCUGGAGCAAAGAGGUGGUUUCGACCAAAACAAGUAAAAAAUACAACAAAAGAACUCCAGAAGGAGUCCAGGAGAAAUCUUUGGAACUACCUAAAGUCCUAGAUGAUAGGCAACAAGAGCUGGACAGUUCAACAGGGAGCUUUCCAGGCAAGGAUUCAGAAUGGCGGCUACUUCAGGCCCACCAGAAGAUCCGUGAGCUGGCCAUCAACAUCCGUAUGAAAGAGGACUUGAUAGUGGAGCUCAUUAAGACAGGCAAGCACGCUCAGGCAAUGAACAAACAGUACCAGCUGAAGAUCCAACAUUUGGAGCAGGAAGCUGAGCAGGUGCGGUUGGAACUGAAUGACGGCCAGAGGCAGUUGCAAGAGCUGGAAGGCAAAGAGCCCCAUGACCCUGCUGAAAAGUGGAAACUCCAGGAAUAUCGUAGCAAAGUGGAAGCAGCUCAGAGCAAGGCAAAGAUCCUGCAGGAGAAGAAGCGAGCGACGGAGAGGCUGGCAUCUUUCUCUGCUCAAAAUGAGAAGCGCCUUCUGGAGCUGGAGCGAAACGUGCAGCUGAUGCGGCAGCAGCAAGGGCAGCUCCAGAAGCGGUUGCGGGAAGAAGUGGAGCAGAAGCGACGCUUGGAAACUGAGAUGCAGAAGAGACAGCAUCGGGUCAAGGAGUUGGAGCUGAAGCACGAGCAACAUCAGAAGAUUCUGCGCAUCAAAACCGAAGAAGUAGCCGCCUACCAGCGGAAGCACAGGAGCGGUAGCAAUGACUCAAUGAUCAGCCUAGAACAGCAGCAGAAAAUUGAAGAGCAGAAGAAAUGGUUGGAUCUGGAGAUGGAAAAAAUUCUCAAGCAGAGGCGUGCCCUGGGUGAGCUGGAAGAUGAAUUGACCAAAAGGGAAGCCAUUGUGGCCAAGAAGGAAGCUCUCCUUCAGGAGAAGAAUGGCCUUGAAAACAAGAGACUCCGCUCUAGCCAGGCUCUGAAUGAUGACAUUCUUCGUGUGUCCAGCCGUCUUGAGUACCUGGAAAAAGAGCUGACACAGAGGAAUGGGCAGCUUUGCCGCAGCAGUGCACACGACCAGCAGCACAUCCGGCAAGAAAUUAAUAAUUUGCGGCAGGAGAAGGACCAGUUGCUCAAGCAGAGGCUGGAGAUAGAUGGGAAAUUACGUCAGGGCACCUUGCUGUCACCCGAGGAGGAACGGAUUCUUUUCCAGUUGGAUGAAGCCAUUGAAGCCCUGGAUGCUGCCAUAGAAUAUAAGAAUGAGUCCAUUACUUGCAGACAGCGGGUUCUGAGGUCCUCAGCCAGCCUUCUGUCCCAGUGUGAGAUGAACCUUAUGGCAAAACUCAGCUACCUCUCUUCCUCUGAGACCCGGGCACUGCUUUGCAAAUACUUUGAUAAGGUGGUGACCUUGCGAGAAGACCAGCACAAACAGAACGUGGCGUUUUCCGAACUGGAAAUGCAGCUGGAAGAGCAGCUACAGCUGGUGUUUUGGUUGGAGGUGGCCUUGGAGCGUCAGCGCUUGGAGAUGGACCGCCAGCUGACCUUGCAGCAGAAGGAUCAUGAGCAGGACAUUCAGCUUCUGCUCCAGCAGAGUCGGGAGCAUAUAGAAGAAGGACAGGCAAACAGCAGGCUUCAGUAUGAACAAAAGAUCCAGAUGCUGGAAAAGGAAUUGGCUCAUUACAAGUGGCUAAAUGGGGAGUUAAACCAAAAGUUAAAGCAGUCAGAGGGACACAGUGGAGGUAUGGACAGAAGCAUUCUUGCAGUUGGGGACAGACCCAAUUCACUCAGGCCAUAUGAAGAUUUGACCAAAAAUGGCCAGCUGGAGUCAUCCUUGCAGUUGGAGCCCUCAGAAAGGAAUCAAAGAAAUAGAGAGGAGCCCCGGGACUUGGUGCAUGCACCACUACCAUCCACUUGGAGGCGCUGUUCACUAUCUGGUGCCAAUAACUUGACAGUGGAAGAUUUUUGGCAAACAGAGACAGAUUUUCUCUCCAGGUCUAACCAGGCCAAGGAGGUCCCUUUGCCACUGAGAUCCCGCAAGGAACUGCACAGGGCCAGCCAGAACACCAUUCCUGGGUUGUCUUAUCCAGAAAUCAUUGAUGUCAGAAAAAAUCCACUCUAGUUCUGAGAUAUUGACUGUUCCAUCUAAAAUAAGUUAAUAAGAACCUACUGAAAAUAGCUGCUGAUAAAUAUACUUAAUCAAAAAGACAGCAGCUGGGUACACCCAUCAUGCAAAACCAGGGUUUACUGAACAUACAGGAGUCGCUUGGAUUAACAAAAAGAUGCCUGAUAGCUGUCUUCAAGUAUCUGAGGGACUGUCUCAUAAAAGAUGGGGCAGUGUUGCUCCAGAACGUAGGACAAGAAACAAUUUUGAGCAUGUAAACUUUAGUUGAACACCAAGACUUUUCUAAUGAUACAAACUGUUCAACAAUGGAAAAGACUGCUUUGGGAGUUGGUGGAUUCCUUCACUGGAGGUCUUUAAGCAGAGGCUACAGGAAUGCUAUAGUAGUGGAUUCUGGCCCUGGGAAGGGGACUGAUGAGCUCUGAGAUGCCUUCCAAUGAUGUACAAUCUCCAUAUACAGGCUUUACUGCACAAAUCACAUUCUGCUUUAGUGUAAUGAACGAACCCAGUCAAAUGUGGACGCCUUCACAAAUCUUUUACCCAAGCUUCCCUGGCUUUUGUUACUUUUGUACAGCUGCCUUUUACUGGUUAUUUCGUUCUUUACAGAAACCUACCUUUGCAAUUCUGGAUUUCCCAUGAGUAUCAUCCAAAAGAGGUGACAGUAAAUUUGAUCUGUUUGCAACUAGCUUCUUAGACUGUAGUUUCAAUAAACUAGAGUAGCUAUUUGUAAAUAUGUCAGAGGUAGUUUAUAUACUUUCCCCUUGAAGAGGUUUGAUCAUAAACUUGACUAAAGCAGUAUUUAAUUUUUC